AUGUGGACUGGGCAACAAUUUUCUACUGAAUGGGCCCUCAACCCUUCAGCCUACAAAAAUGUUUCUCACGAAGAUGUUGAUUGGGCUGCACUUGCUCAACAAUGGAUACAAAUGAAAGAGUCUCUACCCACUAAUGUUGCCACGACUGUGACACCAGCACCACCACCUCUCCCUGUUGAUCCAAAGUCUGAUGCUAACACCAAAGAAAAAGGAGAAGCUCCAAUGGAUGUUGAAAACGAUGAAAAAGAACCAGAUGUUAGUUGGAAUUCUUGGAAUAACUGGCAGCAGUGGGGUUGGAAUUGGAGUGGUAUGCCAACAAAUGCAGCUUCUGGUCCAACAACAGCUCCUCCUGUUCCCUCUGAUGUUGCAACAGCAUCAACUACUCAUGGAAAAGACAAUUAUGGUUAUACAAGUUUCAUAGAUCCUGCUAUAGCACCCACUAUUGAUUAUAAUCAUGGAGCUGUAGCUGAAAUUUCAGAUAAUACUGUUGGUUUUUGGAGUGGAUCUACAUCUGAAAUUCCAGGUGGGCCAUUAACCAAAGAGGGUCAUCUUCAAAGGCCUUUUAUUAGAAAUUCUAGGUAUUCUUGGAGAAGGUUAGAUCGAGAUAGAGAAAGAGAAAAAGACAAAGACAGAGAAAGACCUAGAGGAAGUAGUAUAAAAAUGGAGGAAAGUGAUAUUGUCGAAACGUUAGAUGCUGCUAAAAGAAAACAACUUCCUGCUUGGAUUAGAGAAGGUUUGGAAAAAAUGGAAAGGGAAAAACAAAAGAAGAUGGAUAAAGAAAGGCAAAAAAAAGAAAGAGAAGAAUAUUUGCAAAAGAAAAGAGAAGAAGAAAAUGUUUUAAAUUCCAUGGAAAAAACGGAAAUAGGCAAAGUAGAAACCAUUAAUAAAAUAAAAUUAGAAAAUGAAGUAGAAGAUUUUAAAAGACAAAUGGAGAAAAAUGUGGUGAAGCAAAGAAAAUCAAGAUUUCAAAAUGUAGGUAGUCCUGAAAACACUGAAGCAAAUGAUAAAAUAGAUAAUAAAGAACCAAGUCCUGCUCCUCCUGAACCUCCAAAAUCGAGGGAAGAAUUGAUGGAGGAGGUUAUGUUAAAAGUAAGAAGGACUUUAACUCAAAUUCUAUUGGAUGUAACAACUGAGGAAAUGACAUCUGUGGCACGGGAAGUGUAUCAAAAAGCUCGGGCCAAAGGUACAAGUUUUUAUAAAAUUCUACAAAUGGUAUUUAAACCGAUUUUUUCAAUUGCUCCAGCCAUGCGUCUUCGGAAGACCCAGGCUUUAGCAUCGAUUACCGGGAGAUCUGGUCUUGGUCUGGGGAUAUACGGAAGUGAUGACAGCGAAUCGGAGAUAAGUGAUCCUGAAUCCAAAUCUUCAAGAAAAAUAGAUAGUGAUUCCGAGGCAGAACUUCAGACUGCACAAGAAAUUGAAUCGAGGUUGGCCGAAGAAAUGGAAAAAGAAAAACGGAAUUCUGAUAAUAAUUCAUCCGAUAAUGACGAGCAAGGGCAAGUACAGAACGAGGAUGAAAAAUCAAAAAUCAAAUCGGAUACCCACGGAAAACGCGAGUCGUCACGUAAUCAAGGGCAUUCGGACGAAGGAAGUGGUGGUAGGCAAAAAAGGCGGAAAUUUGUCGAAGAACCCGAUGAAAGUGGUAGGCAUAAAUCGUCUAAAAAUAAGGCUGAUUCUCAUAAAGGUAGGAAAAAUUCUGACUCGUACGAUUCGGAUGCCGACACAAAAACCUCAGAUGACAAAAAUCAGAAAAAACGGCGGAAACAACACGGAGGCAAUGACGACGACGACGACGACGAAGACUCCGAUGAUGCAAGUCUCCGAUCUAGCAAUUCUCAUUCCGUUAGGAGUAAAAGAACGAAAAAAAAGAGAGAUAGAAGCAGCAGUAGAGAAAAUGAUAAUUUUAGAAAAGAAAAGAAAAAGAGUCGGAAGUAUAGUGAUAGAAGUAGUAGUGAAAAAACGGAUGGAUACGGUAAAAAGCACCGAGGUAGAGAUGAUGAUAGUAACGAAAGUGACGUAAGUGAAGACAGAAGAAACGAAACUCCUAGAACAAGUAGAUCUCGAAGCCGGGACAGAACGCGGAAAAAUAAGGGCACCGACGAAGAGCGAUCUUUUAGUAGAAAACGUCGAGAUAGUCAAGAAUCCGAUAGGCGGGAUCGUCGUUAUCGAGAUAGGUGGCGGUACAAAGAAAGUAGUUACGAUGGGAAAAAAGACCGAAAAUACCGGGGGAAAAGCGGGAGGUAUUCACAAAAUCGCGAGGAUGAGUACAGGAGUAAAUCUAGGAGCGGAAGUCGUCAUAGGUCUAGAAGGCAUAAAGAUGAUCGCAGUCGAAGGAGUAAAAGAUCCAGGUCUAGAUCACGUCACAGGAGUUCGAAAAAGAGAAGGAGUUCAUCAGCGAGCUCUAGCGGAAGACUUUCAGCUAGACAUUGGGAUUUUUUAUGUCUUCAAGUGCCAAAUGUGACUUUAAAAUGUAAAAUAUUGAAAUUUAUUUAUUUUUACCUUCUGCCAUUAAAAGCCACUUGUAAAUUGCAAUUAAUUUAG